AUGUGGAUUCGAGAGCAUCUUUACUUCAAUGGUUUCAGUAAAAAUUAUUUGAAUUGGAUUUGGCAUGGUGAGGCUGCGGAGAAGGAUAGAUUAAAUUCGAGUGUCAACCAAGAGCCAAUUGAUAAUUGUCAUGAUGAUUUUGAAAUUGUUAAUUUGUGUGAGGCAGCGUAUGAUAACCAUACAGAAAAUCCAGAAGCAUUUAUGAAGUUUUUGGAGGAAGCAGAGAAGCCACUAUAUAAGGGAUGCAAACGUUACACAAAGUUGAGUGCACUUGUAAAACUAUACAAUACCAAAGCAAGGCAUGGGAUGAGUGAUGCUCUAUUUUCAGAUCUACUAGCAGAUUUUGGGGACAUGCUGCCAGAUAACCACAAUCUGUCAUCGUCAAUUUAUGAAGCAAAGAAGACGUUGAGUUGUUUGGCUUUGAGUCAUGAAAAGAUUCAUGCUUGUUCCAAUGAUUGCAUCCUUUAUAGGAAACAAUAUAAAGACUGCGUAAGCUGCUCGAAAUGUGGCUUAUCAAGAUGGAAGCUAACCAAGAAAAAUGUUGAGAAGAAAGGUGUUCCUGCCAAAGUGGUUUGGUAUUUCCCUCCCAUACCAAGAUUUAAGCGCAUGUUUAAAUAUUUAGAAACUUCCAGAAAUUUAACAUGGCAUGCAGAUAGCACAAGAGUUGUUGGUCAGUUACACCAUCCAGUUGAUUCACCGUCAUGGAAAUUGGUGGAUCAUAUGUGGCCCGACUUUGGAAGUGAGGCAAGAAAUAUUCGCCUGGCACUUGCAGCCUAUGGAAUUAAUCCUCACAGCAAUCUUAGUAGUCGCUACAGGCCGAAACAACCUGGAAACGAUAUCGACGUCUACCUUGAGGUUCUGGUUGAUGAUUUGCAACUGUUGUGGGAAGGAGUUGAUGGAGUUUAUGAUGCUUAUCGAAGGGAGGUUUUCACUCUUAAAGCAGUUCUUUUAUGGACCAUCAACGACUUUCCUGCAUAUGGUAACCUUAGUGGUUGUACUACACAUGGUUAUUACGCAUGCCCAAUAUGUGGUGAGGAUACUUAUGUAAAGCACUUACAAAAUGGGAAGAAAAUGUCAUUUGCUGGGCAUAGAUGA